AUGGAUUCUUUUGCUUGUGCGUGGUGCGGACGGGAGGGCAAAAAAAUGCGGUUGUGUACCAGCUGCAAGAAGGUUAGGUACUGUGAUGCGCUGUGUCAGAAGAGUGAUUGGAGGGCGGGACACCGGACCACGUGCAAGACCGGGUCGACAAAACAAGACACAACAUUGUUGGCGCACCCUUGUGGCAUCUGCAAGGCGCGCGAUGACGACGACCCGAUGAGAGGGCGGCAGGCGUUUUGUUAUCGAUGCGGGCUUCUAAUUUGUGGCGCAUGCCGUCCAUUGCUGGAGGCGCGGCGGAUCGAGCGCUGCCCGGGAUGCCGGGGAAGACCUCGUGUUACGGAUGUCAAGGACCUAGAAGAUAUGCGGGUGCUAGCGGGAGCAGGUGACAUGGAGGACCGGUGCCUGGCGUUGGUUAAGGUGGAAUUUGGUGCCUGGCUCGGGGAAGGGCGGGGGGUGAUGGAGGCCGACAAAGUUGCGGGGAUCCAUGCGCUUCGAGAUGCAGACGAAGCCAGAUGCGCCCGAGCAAGUUUCAGUCUCGCCGUGUGCCACGCAACGGGUUCUAGUGUGGCCUUGAUGUUAGCGCGCGCACGAGCACACUGCGAAGUGGCGGCAGAGGCUGGGUUUGUUGACGCCCAAUUCAGUUUAGGAUGCUUGGCUCUCAAUGGAGGCGAUGAUGCCCGGGCUGUUGCCAAGUUAAAGCAAGCUUCGCGUGGAGGCGACGUCGGGGCGAUGAUUAUGCUGGGCGAGCUCUACGAGGCAGGCCGUGGCGUCCGUGUGGACUGCGGCAAGGCGGCUGCACUCUACAGGGCAUGCGAGUUGUCACAGAUUGCGGCGACUCACCUCGGUAUUCUGCAUAAAGAUGGGCGUGGAGUUCUUCAAGAUGGAGAGCUUGCUGUUCGGCUUCUGACUAUGGGUGCCGAGGGAGAGGCGAAGCUCCUCGAGGCACAAUGUGAACUCGGAGACAUCUACCUGAUUGGAGACUCUAAAGUCGCGCGUGAUGCGGAAAAAGCAGAGAAGCUCCUAGGAGCCGCCGCUGCAAAGAGCGAACCGCAUUCUGCGUAUCGGCUCGGAUGCCUCCUUAUCCGUGGUAUGGGAGACGUUCUCCAUGACGAACCGCGCGCUGCAUCAUGUUUCCGCAUGGCUGCCAAGGCUGGCUUAGAUGCGGCUAUCUUCAAUCUUGGGUGCAUGUACCACGUUGCCAAGUUUCUGGAACGUGGACUUCUGGGCCAUGACACGAAUCUUUGCGCUGCCGCCGCUCUGUAUGCGAGGGCCGCCAAUCAGGGGCAUCCAGAAGCCCAGCGCCGGCUCAGUCCCCGUGUGUCCCUCGUGACUGGACCAGCCUUCGCAUCUCCCGAUGCGUUCACACGACCGCCCCGACUAUUCAGCCACGCACCACGAGGCCUCUAG